GGUACAGUUUUUGUCACGUCUGCAUCCAUGCCCGUUUCUCAGGCUAUACUGCUUUUGCUCGUUUAGUUGGCAUUUUCACCGAGCCGCUUUCGAGCUGAGUGAAUUCAUCAUAUUCAUUAGUGUAUUGUUCAAGCACAACAACAGAAAGGUCCCGGUUCGACUCACAAAGACUCAGACAGCUGAUUGGUCGAGUCUGUGUCUGGAGGAACCAAUCAGAAACGCUGUUAUUAAGUGAGGUUUUUGUCGUAUUGACAAUGGCUGCGUCCAACAUCAAGAAAAUCUCAUGGAAGCUGCAAGAUGUGGUGGCCCACCCGAGUAACGUGUCGUCCCUGGUGUUGGGUAAAUCGUCAAGUCGCCUGCUGGCUACAGGAGGAGAUGACUGCAAAGUCAACAUCUGGGCUGUCAACAAACCGAACUGCAUUAUGAAUCUGACGGGCCACACGAGCCCAGUGGAAUGUGUUCAGUUCAGUACCUCUGAGGAGCAGGUGGUAGCUGGAUCUCAGUCAGGAUCUCUGCGGGUCUGGGACUUGGAAGCUGCAAAAAUAUUUCGGACAUUGCCCGGUCACAAGGCUAAUAUCUGCAGUGUCGACUUUCAUCCGUUUGGGGAAUACUUGGCCUCGGGCUCCAUGGAUACAAUCAUUAAGUUAUGGGAUUUGAGGAGGAAAGGGUGUGUGUUCAGGUAUAAGGGUCAUGCUCAAGCAGUGCGUUGUCUGGCCUUUAGCCCUGAUGGAAAGUGGCUUGCUUCAGCCAGUGAUGACAGCACAAUAAAGCUUUGGGAUUUAACGGCUGGGAAGAUGAUCACAGAAUUCACAGCACACACCUCGGCAGUUUCAGUCGUCCAGUUUCACCCAAACGAAUACCUUCUGGCUUCCGGGAGCGCUGACAGGACCAUAAAGUUAUGGGAUUUGGAGAAAUUUAAGAUGGUCGGCUCAUCGGAAGGUGAAACAUCUGGAAGGUGUCUGUUGUUCAGUCCUGAUGGUGUUUGUUUAUACAGCGGCUCGGACGACAUGCUGCGUGUGUACGGCUGGGAGCCGGACUGCUGCUUUGACGUGGUCCCCGUAGGCUGGGGCAAAGUGCUGGACUUUGCAAUCUGUAGCAGCCAAAUGAUCGGAGUGUCGUGCAGCCAGACGAACGUGAGCUUGCACGUCGUGGAUCUGGAUCGAGUGAAGAAAUCCAAAGUCGUCCAGGAACAAACUGGCAAGCCACAAGCCGAUCCCAUUCCUAUAGCAGUGACGCUAAGGCGCAACUAUGAACGGCCUUCCACGUCCUGCAGCAGACAGAAGAUGAAACAGAGCGCAGAUGGAGACAAGUCUGUUGAGGGCGAGAGGCAGAGUCCCAGCAGCGAGGAUGAGCGUGAUGAAGAGAGCAGAGCAGAAAUCACAAACCCAGAUGAUUAUAAAGAGAUCUUUCAGCCCCAUAAUGCUAUCUCACGAACCCCUCCUAAAAGGAAUGACCCAUUCCCUGCACCACUUGUAGAUGAAAGUUUCCAAGCGAAGCCCCAUAUAGCAGAAGAAGUCAUGACUACGUUGCCUGCUGAACCCAAGGCCGCUUGUACUUCCUCCACGGUAACGGCCACAGCGCCGUCUCAGCCAGUUUCCGUGGUAGCGGCAUCAGUCUCGAGGCACGUUGUCACGACAUCCAAAGUCAAACCUAGUUUAGCCGUUAGCCCGUCCCCGCUCGUCGAGCCACUCAGCCUUAUUUUCGGGGACAUUUUACAACACGGGCGAAGCGAAAAAAGCAGCGUCACUGCCGACGAUGAGGCGUUGAGUCAGAUCAGAAAAGGACAUGGCACCAUGUGUGUGAUGCUGACGAGCAGAAACAAAAACCUGGACAUCGUUCGGGCUCUCUGGGCUAGUGGAGACAUCAAGUUAUCACUCAAUUCUGCUACGUCCAUGAACGAUACGUCCGUCGUGGUGGACAUCCUCAAUAUAAUCAACCUCAAACCGUCACUUUGGAAACUGGACAUAUGCAUGUCCAUUCUGCCCCAGCUCGAGGAGCUACUCCAGAGUAAAUAUGAAAGUUACAUCCAGACCGGAUGCACGUCGUUAAAGAUAAUUCUGAAGCGCUUUUGGCCGUUAAUCUCGGACACGCUGAGCGCCCCCCCCUCUGUCGGAGUGGAUAUUACGCGAGAGGAGAGGCUUCAGAAGUGUAAGACGUGCUACAAGCAGCUGAAGAACCUCAGCAACGUAGUGAAGAACCGUGCAGAACACGUGGGUCGACACGGUAGUACUUUCAGAGAACUUCAGCUCCUCAUGGCUCCAUUGGACUUCUGAAGCUCAUCAGCAGACUUCCGAUAUCACACACACACACACACGCGACCGAAGAGGAAGUCCAUCGUACCGUCUGCUCGGCUGUUCGACUAGUCUUCAAGAACGCUUUCUAUAGUGACGAGUCUUUAAACAACCUGCAUUUCCAGUCACUAUUCACAAAACCCAUUUUGUUAUAGAUUCGUUUCUUUCUGUGAUUCCUUUUAUAUACAUAAGUAUGAUUUUAUUAGAUUUUUUUUCCCCAAAUAAAAUACAUCAGUCCUUAUUUUCUAAUUUGUAUAUA